AUGCCAACGUCAUUGAUUGAUAAUGAAGAAAAGUUAUCAGCAGGAAUUGAUCGUUUCAUUGUUUUUAAUCGUUAUACAAUGUUUUUAUGUUUAACUUAUGAACUUGUCAUAUUGUCACAAGUUGGCAAUGUUAUUUAUAUGAUAUUUGCUGCAGCAUCACCUGAUAUUAUUGGUUGUGGAACGAUAAUUUUUAAUGAAACUUUGGGACAGCGUGAAGCAUGCGAGCAGUAUGAAAGUAUAAUUAAAUUUGAAAAUCAUUCAUGUGAACCAAUUCUUAAGUAUCAAUUUCGAUCUGUUGCUGUUGAAUGGAACUAUUUCUGUAGUGAAACAGUAAAAGUAAAAAAUGUGGUAUCGUUUCAAAUGUUUGGUACUAUACUUGGUGGUAUUUUAUUUGGGCAAUUAUCUGAUUUAUUUGGACGACGAAAGACAAUGAUCGUAUGCAUUGCAAUGACAGCUCUAUCUGGCAUACUUCGCACUUUUGUUGGUUUCUUUGUUGGCGGAAAUUCAAUCGUAAUGUACGUGUACGUAAUCGAGAAUAUUCCAACAAAUGCUCGAAUUAAAGUGAAUACAUUUGUUACUUGGUCACCAAAUUUUUUAUUACUUUCUUUGGUUGCUUAUUUUACACGUUCAUGGGAUACACUUGCAAUUACAAUUAAUUUAUUAGCUGCACCAUCACUUUUUUGCUUCAUUUUUCUAUAUGAAAGCCCACGAUGGUUAAUGCAAAAAGGUCGUUUGAAUGAAGCACAACAAACAAUAAUUGCAAUGAAUACAUGGGGAAAAAAUGCGGCAAAACGACAAUACCGCCACGAGCAAGAAGUAAUUGAUACACUUGGAAAUGAUCAUAUGGCUAAUUAUGAACAAUUAAAACAUAAACGAUAUUAUUUUUAUCAUUUAUUUUAUUCAUGGAAAUUACUUCGUUACAGCAUUGUUCUUGCAUUUAGCUGCUUUGCUAAUGCUAUUGCAUUUUAUGGUUUAUUAUUUAAUUUGGAGAAGAUUUCCGGUUCAUUGUUUAUGAAUACAUCAAUACUUGGAGCAUUUCGUUAUAUUUUAAAUAUUUUACUAGCAACUGUUGAUCAUGCCUUUACAUCUGUUGGCAGAAAGUUUGUACAUACAAUAUCAAUUAUCAUUUAUAUUCUUUGUAUUGCAUUUAUUGUUGUAUUAAUUAAAACUGACCAUACUUUGGAUUUCAAAGUACUUAUUCGACUAUUAACUUUAACUGCUGGCGCUAAUGUCGCAACAUGGAAUCGAAUUGGUUGCAUUAUUGCACCACAACUUAUUUAUUUAAGUGAAAUUGAUCAAAUUUUACCAUAUGUAGUUCUUAUCAUAUUACUAUCCAUUGAUGCCAUAGCAUUCCUGACACUUCUUCCGGAAACGAAAUCACGUCCACUUAAAGAUCAAAUGCCAUCAAAAGAAAUGCUAAUUUUGAGAAGUUGCAAGAGAACACGCACAGCAAGCAUACCAAGUGAUAAUAAUGAUGAUAAUGAUAAUAUCACUUGUUUAAUUAAGAAAUAA